GAGCUGUAACACUCCAACACACCCCGCACGCUCAAAUGAAUGGUCACGUCGGAACGUCUAACCUCUCUUCUCGGAGGUGUCUUGGCGAGGUGCGCUUAAGGCUCUAAUAAAAUCACUACAGAAUUGCCGAAAAAAUGACUGGAGUGGACUACUUAGCACAGGAGAGGAUAUGGUUUGACAAGCCACGCUAUGAUGAGGCUGAGCGAAGGUUUUAUGAAAGGAUGAAUGGCCCUACACUACCUACACAGGACUCAGGAGCUAACAGUAUUCUACAGGAUAUUGCCAGAGCACGAGAGAACAUCCAGAAGUCUCUUGCUGGGUUGAAGACGACCUUGCAUCCAACUAGAGGCUCUGCUCAAAAAUCUCAAAGCCCCUCCCACAUCUCCAUUACUUCGGGAGGCAGCAGUGCUGAUCAGGCAGAACUGCUCACACGCAUGAAGAACCUGGAACUGGAAAACAAGAGUCUGUGCAAAGUGGUGGAGGACUUGCGUGCCGCUCUCUCUAAACUGGAGAGUCGAGUCUCUGUCCUGGAAAAAAGGCCUGCAGCCCCAGCACCGGUGGUCAAUGGAACAGCUCCUAAUAAAGCCGCUCCACUUCCCCAGAAAACACCACCUGCACCAGCAAAAAAUGACGAAGAAGAUGAUGAUGAUAUUGAUCUGUUUGGCAGUGAUGAAGAGGUGGAUGAGGAGGCUGAGCGGCUCAAAGAGCAGCGGUUGCAGGAAUACGCUGCCAAAAAGGCCAAAAAGCCUGCCCUUAUCGCCAAAUCUUCUAUUUUGUUGGAUGUCAAGCCUUGGGAUGACGAGACGGACAUGGCAAAACUAGAGGAGUGUGUAAGGUCAGUACAGGUUGACGGAUUGCUGUGGGGAGCCUCCAAGCUGGUACCUGUUGGUUAUGGUAUUAAGAAGUUGCAGAUCAAUUGUGUGGUUGAGGAUGACAAGGUGGGAACAGAUCUGCUGGAAGAAGAAAUCACUAAGUUUGAAGACUAUGUCCAGAGUGUGGACGUAGCAGCUUUCAAUAAGAUUUAAGUACUCAUUCACAUAUGCACUACUGAUACUGAUAAAAUGACAGUUGAUAAUAAAGAGCUCUGACUGCA